AUGUCUCAGCAGCUUGUGUUUGUUACAGAUCCUUGUCUCAGCAACCCUUGUCACCAUGGUAACUGCAGCAGCAGCAGCAGCAGCAGCAGCAGCAGCAGCAGCAGCAGCAGCAAUGAUAGCUACCUCUGCAUUUGCAAUGAUGGCUAUGAAGGUCUUAACUGUGAACAGCCACUUCCCAGUGUUCCGUCCUCUGGCUGGACAGAGUCCAUGGUACCCAGACAGCUUCAGCCUGUCCCCGCCACCGAGGAGCCUGACAUAAUCCUGCCUCGCUCUCAGGCAACCAUGACACUGCCAACCUGGCAGCCAAAAACAGGGCAGAAAGUUGUAGAAAUGAAAUGGGAUCAAGUAGAGGUGGUCCCUGAUGUUGCCUGUGGGAAUGCCAGUUCCAACAACUCUGCAGGUGGCCGCCUCGUGUCCUUUGAAGUGCCACAGAACACCUCCGUAAAAAUUCGGCAGGAUGCUACUGCUUCACUGAUCUUGUUGUGGAAGGUCACAGCCACAGGCUUUCAGCAGUGCUCCCUCAUAGAUGGACGAAGCGUGACACCCCUCCAGGCUCCAGGGGGGCUUGUCCUGCUAGAGGAGAUGCUGGCCUUGGGACCAAAUCACUUCAUUGGUUUUGUGAAUGAUUCUGUUGCUAAGUCCAUCGUGGCUUUGCGUUUAACUCUGGUGGUGAAGGCCAGCACCUGUGUGCCUGGGGACAGCCACUCCAAUGACUUAGAGUGUUCAGGAAAAGGAAAAUGUGCCACGAAGCCAUCAGAGGCAACUUUUUCCUGCACCUGUGAGGACCAGUACAUUGGCACAUUCUGUGAAGAAUUUGAUGCUUGCCAGAGGAAACCCUGCCAGAACGAGGCGAGCUGUAUCGAUGCAAAUGAGAAGCAGGAUGGAAGCAAUUUCACUUGCCACUGCCUUCCUGGUUAUACUGGAGAGCUUUGCCAGUCCAAGAUUGAUUACUGUGUCCUCGAUCCUUGCAGAAAUGGAGCCACAUGUGUGUCCAGCCUCAGUGGGUUCACCUGCCAGUGUCUGGAAGGAUACUUUGGCGCUGCUUGUGAAGAGAAGGUAGACCCUUGCAUGUCGUCUCCAUGUCAGAACAAUGGCACCUGCUAUGUGGACGGUGUGCACUUCACCUGCAGCUGCAGCCCAGGCUUCACAGGGCCGACGUGCGCCCAGCUCGUGGACUUCUGUGCCCUCAGUCCAUGUGCUCACGGCACAUGCCGCAGCGUGGGCACCAGCUACAAGUGCCUCUGCGAUCCAGGUUACCAUGGCCUCUACUGUGAGGAAGAAUACAAUGAGUGCCUGUCUGCUCCUUGCCUGAAUGCUGCCACCUGCAGGGACCUCGUCAAUGGUUAUGAGUGUGUGUGCCUGGCAGAAUACAAAGGAACACACUGUGAACUGUACAAGGACCCCUGUGCUAACAUCAGCUGUCUGAACGGAGGUACCUGUGACAGCGAGGGCCUGAAUGGCACAUGCAUCUGUGCACCAGGGUUCACAGGUGAAGAGUGUGACAUUGACAUCAAUGAAUGUGACAGUAACCCUUGUCACCAUGCUGGAACCUGCUUGGAUCAGCCCAAUGGUUAUACCUGCCACUGCCCCCAUGGCUGGGUGGGAGCAAACUGUGAAAUCCACCUGCAGUGGAAGUCUGGGCACAUGGCUGAGAGCCUCACCAACAUGCCCCGGCACUCACUCUACAUCAUCAUCGGAGCCCUCUGUGUGGCCUUUGUGCUCAUGCUCAUCAUCCUGAUUGUGGGUAUCUGCCGCAUCAGCCGCAUUGAGUACCAAGGCUCCUCCCGGCCGGCCUAUGAGGAAUUCUACAACUGCCGCAGCAUUGACAGCGAGUUCAGCAAUGCCAUUGCAUCCAUCCGGCAUGCCAGGUUUGGGAAGAAAUCUCGGCCUGCGAUGUACGACGUGACUCCUAUUGCCUACGAGGAUUACAGCCCCGAUGACAAGCCCUUGGUCACACUGAUUAAAACAAAAGAUUUGUAAUCUUC